GCCGCUGCCCCUUCUCUCGCGCGAGAUGCUGCUCCUGGCGUUGGGCGGCCCGUGGGCGGCCGGACUGCGGCUCGGCGGGCAGAGGACGGCGCCGUGGGCGGUCACCGCGCUCCGGGGCCCGGGGGCGGCCGUGUCGCGGGCGGCCUCCUGCAGCGGCUCCGCGGGGCCGGGCGGCGGCGGGAGCGCGUGGCUGCGGGGAGCCGCACGGCUGCUCCGGCGGCCGGGGCCAGCGCAGGUACCUGUUUGUUGGGGAAGAUGUGUUCGAUGCUUACAUACACAAUGUGAAAAAUCAGAAGAUGGAAGACUGAUUUAUACCGGGAAUCUGGCCCGAACAGUAUUUGGUGUGAAAUGUUUUUCCUAUUCUACAAGUUUGAUCAGCCUUGCAUUUCUACCAUACAUUUUUGCUCAAAAUAAUAUUAUAUUUGGAAGUCUGCCUCUGCAAAUCUUAUUUUAUGGCGUCAUAGGAAGUUUCACAGUGAUCACUCCAGCUCUGCUUCACUUUAUUACGAAAGGCUAUGUCGUUCGGUUGUACCAUGAGGCCACAACAGACACUUAUAAAGCCAUUACUUAUAACGUUGUGCUUUCAGAGACCAGUACAGUGUUUCACCAGAAUGACGUGAAGAUUCCAAACAGCACACAUGUGUUUACCACAUUUUAUGCUAAAACAAAAUCCCUGUUAGUUAAUCCAGUGCUCUUUCCAAACCCUGAAGACUAUAACCAUCUAAUGGGUUAUGACAAACCAUUCACUUUUGAUAUGGAAGAAGCCAGUGAAAAGAAACAGCCUCAAGAUGAGAAAUGAGUCUGCUGUUUUUGUGUUUGUGCUUCAAUGCAAUUUAUGUUUCAAUGUAUAAUAAUAAAAUUGCCUUUACUUUU